AUGCUCGGCCAGACCAACUACCUAGCUAUCGUUGGCGGAGGGAGACAGCCAAAGUUUCCACAGAAUAAGCGGUCGCAGUUGGUUAUCUGGGAUGACGCAAGACAGAAAGCAGUAAUUACGCUGGAGUUCCGCACCUCGGUCCUGGGCGUCCGACUGUCCAAGUCGCGCAUCGUUGUCGCCCUCCUCAAUAGCAUCCACAUUUUCGCUUUCUCGAACCCGCCGCAGAAGCUCUCUUCUUUCGAGACAACGGAUAACCCACUGGGGCUGGCUUGUCUAGGGCAGGAGGUGCUCGCUUUCCCAGGUCGGUCCCCUGGCCAGGUCCAACUGGUGGAGCUCGAAACGGGGAACGUCAGCAUCAUUCCUGCCCACAGCACGCCGUUGCGCGCGAUGACUUUGAGUCCCGAUGGUGAAGUGUUGGCGACGGCGAGUGAAGCGGGCACAUUGGUCCGGGUCUUCUCUACGGCUAACUGCACCAAAAUGGCCGAGCUACGACGCGGUGUUGAUCAUGCAGUGAUAUUUUCGCUUGCCAUUUCGCCCUCGAAUCUUCUACUGGCUGUGACAUCUGAUAAAUCUACCCUGCACGUAUUCGACCUUCCUCAUCCUCGGCUACCCACAAACCGUACCCAAGCUGCAGCUUCCCCGACCGAAGAACCAACGAACCAGAAAUGGGGCAUUCUCGGGAAGAUUCCACUAUUGCCAAGGGUAUUCUCUGAUGUGUAUUCAUUCGCAAGCGCCCACUUUGAGAUGGGGGAAGAAGCACCACCUGGCUCACAUUAUGUCCCGCCCCUGGGUAACUCAUACGGGAGCCCCUCGAAAGGCGUGAUAGGUUGGCGCGAUGAUAGGACGAUUCUUGUUAUCGGUGCCGGCAGGGAUGGCCGGUGGGAGAAGUUCGUUCUGCGCGAUGGGGAUGAUGGAAAGCGGUAUUGCCUGAGAGAAGGCUGGAAAAGAUAUUUGGGGGGCAGCUGA